AGAUCUUCGACUCGCGAGGUGCUGUGCACGUCCACGAUCCCUUUCUCAAAAGAACGAGACCUUAGCUAGCUGCUUGCGGAGUGUCUACGAUGAUUUAGUAACACUGAAAUGCGAUACAGAACGUUGUUACUACUUUGUCUAGUGCUCAUACAACAAUGCACGAGCAUACACUGGUUAGCCCUCGGUCUAGCUGGCAACCGUCUUGACCGUUCACGAAUCGCCUACUCGUGCAAGAAUCUCAAAGGGCUUACCAAGAAGCAAAUAAGAUUUUGCCGGAAGAAUCCCGACAUGAUGGACAGCGUGCGGUACGGAGCUCAAAAUGCUUAUGCUGAAUGCCAGUACCAAUUCAAUAAAAGAAGGUGGAAUUGCACGCUCAUCGAUCCUGUCACAUUAGAGCUGAUCAGCGAUGUGAUCAUGCGCGAAGGCACGAGAGAGUCGGCUUUUGUUCACGCUGUUUCAGCUGCCGGGGUGGCCUACAGGGUGACACGCGAUUGUGCCCGAGGGCUGAACGAGCGAUGCGGAUGCGAUCAAUCGAUGCUUUCGCUGGAUCCACAGGUGCGCAGCUACGAUUACCAAGGUUGCUCGGACAAUGUUCAGUACGGUAUAGCCAUAUCGCGCGAGUUCGUCGAUGCUGCCGAGCGCGGCAAAAACGCUUCGAAUCGAGCAAUUUUGAAUCUGCACAACAAUAGAGCAGGAAGACAGGUGCUGGAGAAGAGCCUACGCCGUGAGUGCAAAUGUCAUGGAAUGAGCGGUUCGUGCGAGAUAAAAACUUGCUGGGACACACUGCCGAGCUUUAGGGAGAUUGGUAUGGUCAUAAAGGAUAAAUUUGAUGGUGCAUCGGAGGUCACUAUUGAGGAAGAAGAUGCUCAACCACGAAUCGUUAUGAAAAACUCACAGUUCAAAAGACACACCAACGCCGACUUGAUUUACGUGAGCCCAUCGCCUGAUUUUUGCGAUCCUGAUCCGGAAAGAGGUAUUCUCGGCACAAAAGGAAGAGAAUGCAAUGUGACUUCACAAGGUGUUGAUGGAUGUCAAUUGUUAUGCUGCAAUCGUGGUUUCGAACGUCGAGUCUAUUUCGAAGCAGAUCAAUGUAAUUGCAAAUUUCAUUAUUGUUGUCGAGUUGAAUGUGAACCUUGUGAACGACGAAUAGAAAAACAUUUUUGUCUCUAGCCCCCCCCCCUUUCCCUACCUCCGGCAUCCUUAAAUUACAUCAAUAUUUUCUCCCCGCAAUAUAUUUGCCCCUUCCCACUGCGCUGAAAUUUCCUGGCACUUUUCGCCUGUGCUUCUUGCCCGAAUAUUUUGUGUAUUUUCUCUUUUCUACUGAUUGCCAUGGUCUCAAUGUGCAUACGAAGUGUCUUCAAUGAACUUUAUGCUUGA